AUGGAAUAUUCAUGUGCUAGAUUUACUGAUUUACCUGAUGAAAUUCUUAUGAUUAUUGGUCAAAAACUGAACAAUUUUGACGUUCUUUACUGUUUAAAAGGUAUUAAUCAACGAAUAGAUAGUAUUGUUCAUGAUUCAACUUUUACAAGUCGUUUGAGUUUUGUCAAAUGGUCGAAAUGUAAUUUUAUCGAUCUAUUACAUUGUGAUAUGAUACUUAAUCGAUAUUGUUUACAAAUUUUACCUGAUAUUCAUGAUAAAAUUAAAUGGCUUGAUCUCGAAGCAUCAUCUAUGAAACAUAUUUUAUGUGCUACUGAUUAUCCUAAUUUAAAUAGUCUUGGUCUUUACAAUAUCGAUGAAGAGUCAAUUCGAUAUCUUUCUACGAAUUUUAAUGAUCCAUUACUACUUAAUUUUCGUUCUUCAACUCUUCUGCAAUUGAUUAUUAAUGUACAAUGUUUUGAUGAUUGUCUUUGUCUUCUUGAUGGUCGUUUUAUUCAUCUUCAUACACUCUGUGUCGAUUUGGCUAACAUUCAUUCUUCACAUGAAAUUCAAAAUCAAGGCGAUUUGCCAAAUCUAAAACGCUUUUCUAUCUCCUGCAAUUACAGAACAUGUGAUUAUAAUGAUAGAAUUCUUCCACUUUUACAUCGAAUGUUUAAUCUAGGAGAACUCAUUCUAUGUCUUACAGUCUGUCAAAAUAAAACAUUUAUUGAUGGAAACAAUUUGAAGAAAGAUAUUAUUAAUCAUAUGCCACGAUUAAGUCGAUUUUCAUUUUCUAUUGACUCGUUUAUGUUUCUCAACAAUCAAAUAAAUCUUCCAUCAACAGAAGAUAUUCAAUGUACAUUCAUUGACUUUUCAAAUAUUAAAGUUAUUUCCUGUGUUGAUUAUUUUCCAAAAGCAAAACAAGGCCGAUGUCUUAGUUAUUCUUAUCCAUCUCUAAUGCAAUAUUAUGGCAUUAUUACAAAUAAUUUUCCUGGUGGAUUAUUCAUUAAUGUUCGUAUAGUGUCAUUAGUUGAUGAACAUCCAUUUGAACAUGAAUUUUUUAAUGAAAUUCAAAAGUCAUUUCCAUUUAUGGAAAGAUUAUCUGUUAAAAAUGAUAAACCACAAAAUUUCAAACAAUUUUAUGGAUCAAUUAAUUUUAAUCGAAAUUUCUCUGUUAUUGAAUAUCCUUUUCUUAAUGAAUUGAUAAUUGUUAGUGUUCAUGAUGAUUAUAUAGAACAAUUUCUACUUCAUUCUAAAGCGUGUUUCCAAGAUAUUAUUCUUUCUAUCAAUUAUGAAUCUUUACAACGAAUAACACAUAAUUUCACAAGAGAUGAUACACGAAUUAAUUGUGCUAAAAUAAAUAAAUUAGUUUUAUAUGGUGAUAAAAAACAUUCGACUUGUUUACAAGAAUAUUUUCCUUGUGCAAAAAUUUGUUAUUGA